GCCGUUGUAGCACGGCAUUUCUAGACAUUUAUCUAGGUAGCCAUUGUCAAAAGAAAAUAUAACGUUAGCCAACAAAAUUGUGCAACCCAGCUAGAAAUCACAUGUUUAAUUAGCUGCCUCUUUAUUUUUAUUUUUUUUAGAAUACCUCACCAAAUUGAGUAGUAAUCACAACUUUGCACCGCUUUUCUGAUUUAAUAGGCUAGGUACUUACAGUUAACUAGCUAGGUACCAUUUCGACCCCGUGUGGACGUCGGCAGCGCUGGAUGUUUUUCAGCCAAGACGGGAGCUGUUUGUUAUCGGUGUGAGGUUCAUGUUAGGAGAUGGGGGACCUUUAUGACCCAGAGCACCCGAAAGAGUGUGACAUCGCGUUGGAGAGCUCACUGCUCUGAACUGGUUUAUUCUUGGCCAGCAGCUUCUACUGGGCUACAAACACCAGAACCACUGUGUAAUGGAUGCUCUGGUGGACUCAGAGAUCAGGGAAGAGGGAGGCGAUACCUCGGUCAAGGUUGAGGGCCUCACCAAGGCAGCUUUACUCAAAGGCCUCUCGCCUCGAGUGAUGUUGUCCAGCCAUCUCCUGCCUAAAGGAACCAAGAGGAAGGUGAACCUGGACGAUCAGGGUCGCCAGAAAGUGUCUUUCAGCUUCUCUCUGACAAAGAAACCGCUGCAGAACUUAUUCCUUGCCCCUCCCAGUCAGGAAAAAUCUCUUGCUGAACUCCCCUCUGUCCUGUCACCUACAACCUCACUCCCUCAGGACAGAGCAGGGCAGCAUACGGAAAGCCAAAAUGAGCAAAUGCAGCCACCAUUGUUGGUGCCCACACCAGUAGCAGAGAUCCUUGCACCUCAGACGGCAGUCUCCUCUGUCCCCAAACCUAAAGUGGACUUGGGAAAGAUGCACUUCAAGAAACAGAUCCUCAGUGCAUCUGUUAUUGAAGAGAGUCCCAUAACCAGUGUUGUCUUACAGGAUCCACCCCCUUCCGAGCAACAGGUUUUAACGGAAUCUUCAGGUAAAAUUGAAACUGUCACCCCAACACAAACGCCCCAGUCUCAGAACGAUCUUCAGAACAUGGACAAUGACGGCCCCUCUGAGAAUGCUCCAACUCAUGUAUCUGAUGUGAAGCUGGACCUCAGUCUCAAGGAACCCACUGACUCCUCCCACAAAGGGAAAGUGGAUGUAAACACUUCCAGUAUAACAGAGCAGCAAGACACCUCAGAAAACAUACAAAUCCGUUCCCGGUCGGACAGCACACUCCCUGGCUCAGAAUCUGAUGCUGAUUCAGUGCAGACGUCUUCUAGCUACAAGUCAGGUGAACCCAAGGCCACAGCAAAGUUGGAGAGUAGAAGUAACGGUACAAAAAAUAUGUCCUCUUCUCGCUCCAAAUUAGAGGAAACCGAAAAAAGUUCUAACCAUUCACGUUCUGAGAAGGACGAAAGAACCUCGAGUUACUCAAAAUCUGACCGAGAAUUAAGGUCAACAUCUGACCGAGAAUUAAGGUCAACCUCUGACCGAGAAUCAAAGCACACACCCUCGCGGUCAUCCCGCAAUGACAAAGGCCGCAGAAGGACUAAGAGUCGGUCGAGGUCCAGAUCAAGAGGUCCCCGGACGAGUUCCAGAUCUGAGACACGCUCCAGAUCUGAGAGAUCUAGAAGCGAGAGAGGGUCAGGAUCACGGUCUGAUCGGUCAUAUUACGACUCUGAGCGGAGGUCAGGGGGUCACAGAAGUUCUCCGUACAGAGAGAGGAGAGGCAGCUCUCGCUCUCGGACCGAUAGCAGCAGAGUCCGCGGCGACAGCUCUGACUCUGAAGAUGACCACAGAAGAACUCGGACUAGAACAAGUGAUUCCAGCAGGUCAUCCACCCAUUCUAGCUUGCAGAGAGAUUCAAAGUCAUACUUAUCUCACUCGAAAUCUGAGCGAGACUCGAAAUCUGAACGAGAUUCAGAGAUAGAUAAAAUAACACAAUCUUCUAAGUCUGAGAGGGCCUCAAAGAGAACUGUUGACUCCAGUUCCCUCCAAAAGUGCUCUACUGAUGUAGAACCUAAUCACAGGAAAUCCAACACCCACUACAAGCCGGACAUCGGUGUUCGAUCCACUCGUUCCAGUCCACAUGCCCUCUCUCAAACAUCAGACAAACGUCUCCAGAGAAGUAGCUAUAGUGAAUCUGAGGUAGCUCACAAAGGGAAGUCUCAGUCACAGGGCUCUGACCGCUCUUCUGGUUCUGAAGGGGCAUGGACUUCUUCCACCAGUAAAUCAGACUCUAAGCAAAUGUCUGCCACCAUGUCAUCAGGGAAAACUAAUAGACAAUCAAAGGACACAUUUCACAGUCCCAAUAAGAUACAAACCCCUUCUGAUGCUCACCCUCAGAGCAAAAAUGACAUAGCAGGAGCAGAUUCCCAUCUAGCAGAUACUUGCCAAAGGGAGGAUGUUGGCAACAUGAAUGACAUCACAUCCCAAGAUAAAGGCUUACAAAAACCAACUCUGUCUUUACCGUCAAAUUGUGAUCCAACUGACAGAUUGCAAGAACCAGCGUUGGAUCUAGUUAAUGAGAAGAUCCAUCAUUGCAUUGAGGUUCAGAAUGACUCGGCAGCAACUUUACCGAACAACUCUAGUGGAGACCAAUUAUGUGAAAAAUUUGCCUUAGGGGACAUUGACAAUGUUAAUAAAAGCCUUUGCUCUGAACAAACGAAAGAUGCACAGCGUGUAGACCCCCAAAUAGAAUCCACUGAGAAGUGGGUUGAUGUAACCAACUCUAGCUUUUCCUGCAGUAAUGACAGAGUAAUACCCAGCCAGGAUAAGACUGUUUUUCAAGAUUCAGUUGGGUCAAAGUCAUUACCAUCUACAGUAGAUGUAUCUAUCAGAGACCACCCUAAGCAGAACACUAAACCAGAAAAUACUGUGUGUUCGAGUAGAAAUGUGAAUAUCAACAUGCAGUCUUGCAAAAACGUCCCUCUCAAAUCUGAACCCUCUAGUCCUGAACCUCAGUUUUCCAACCAGACUGAACAACAGAACUCUAGUUUAAGGAAAAACAGAGGUAAAACAAAACAAUCACGUUGGGAUAUUGUUGGACAAGACGCCUCAGACAGUGAUAAUCCUCAGAAAUUGCCUUCCCAAGAAAGUAAACCUGCUGUGAAAAAGGUAAUCUCCGUCAAGAGAAUUGAGUUUUCUCAAGACAUCAGCCAGGAAGAUCCGUCUCUGAAGGGUCAACUGAAAUGGGAAGCUGAGUUGCAUUCCAAGACGAUUAAGCAAGAAGUUAUUAUCACACAAGGACACAGCUCAGCACCAAUAACUUUUGGGAACGACCAAUCAGAGUCCGCAAACCCAACUGCACAACCAGGCACCUGUGAAACCAGCAGUGACCAUUUAGACAUCAAACCCCACGUCAGCCAAAUGGAUGGAGAUCCCUCACUUUUAAAUAAUACCUCACAUGUAGACCGAGCUAGAAGGGAGCAGUGUAGGAAUGACGAUGGUAAUGAAGAGAAACCUAAAGAUGGCCCUCACAAGAGCAAACCUCUGACGACACUAGUGUCGAGCCAGGACGCUGUAGGCCAAAGCGAGGACAGUGACACUGACGAUUCAGAGUCUGACUCAGACUGCGGUGUUGCCGUGAAACGGAUGCACUCUGUGGUGGUUGUACCAAAGAAUUCCACCCUGACUCACUCGGACACAACAGACAAGCCCGCGUCUCCCUGCACUCCAAGCACUAGCCCAGGACGUCAACAACACGCUAACAGGGCCAGUGGCCAAGAGGGUGAUCUGGACAGGAAUGAGAUGCCAAGCAGAGUAAGCCCUCAGCAGAGACAUAGAGGCUUUCCCGCCAUGUGUGAGAGCACUAGGCAGGCCAGUAAUCCUUGUGUUGAUGGAAGUCUCUCUGCACAUGACAUCAUGGUAUACCAAUCGCAGAGCAACAUGGUCGAUAGCACCAGCCAGCUCGAGGGCUCCAACGCCACCGAUGCCCAGCCUUCUAAGGAUCCUUAUAGCAGUGCCCGUGAGAGACCAAAGAUUGGUGAUGCAACGGUGAGCCAGAUUGCUUCCCACAGCCUUGAGAACUCCUUCAGGCAGUCUGACACAGGGCAUCCACAGCAUUAUGGAAGUGGCAGGGGUGGCAGGAUGCUUUCCCGUUACCAACAUGGAGACUUUGCUAGCUCUGAUGACUUCAACAGCAGUCUGGGCUGGGACUUCACACAGUCGGAGCAGCCCAGCAGUACGUACCAGCAGCCUGACAGCAGCUAUGGGGCAUCCCAACAGCAUCCUAACACACAACAGCCAGGGAACUCUUCUUUGGGGCAGGUGUACAGGACAAACAAUGGGGCCUACUGGACCCAACUACCAACUACAACUCCACCCACCUGCAGACCGGUCUACCUCCAUGUGCCUGCAACACAUUAUCAGGAGCCUGUUGGUCAAGUCCAUCCUGACUCCUUGACUAAUGACUGUGAUGAGGACAGUGAAGGGAAACCAGCAGGCCUUAGUAGACUAGAUGUUGGAUGCAAUGGUCCCAAGCUUCCAGGCUCGCUAGCCUUUGUACAAGCCCAUGAAAUAAGCAGCAACUGUAGAGGCUCUGUCCAUGCCACUCCAGAGAAUAUUUCCAUAGUUGAACCCCCCAGAGACAAGGACAACUCAAGGCCCCACAGAGGCAGGGGUCCUCCCAAGAAAAGGCGUCCAGAAAUGGAGUCAGAUUCGGACAGCGAGGCAGAACCUGUGCUGGCUAGCAAAAGGGAGCGACUGGCAGAGAGGGAGCUCCCCAAGGUCUCCAAAGAAUCCAGGGAGAUUCCAGGUCAGGCUGAGGUGCAACGCCCUUUGCUCAGUCUGAGGGAUUUCCGGGACGCCAGCAACUGGAGGGAGAUGGCAAGGUCUAAGAAGAUGCCACCAUACUUUGACCUGAUUGAGGAAAACCUGUAUCUGACUGAACGGAAGAAGAACAAGUCUCACCGAGACAUCAAGCGAAUGCAGUGUGAGUGCUCUAUGCUCUCGAGGGAGGAGAAGUCUCGUGGAAUGAUGGCUUGUGGGGAGGACUGCCUUAACCGUCUGCUGAUGAUCGAGUGCUCGUCACGCUGCCUGAAUGAAGGCUACUGCUCCAACCGGCGCUUCCAGAUGAAACUGCAUGCGGACUUUGAGGUCAUCCUGACUGAAGAUAAGGGCUGGGGACUGAGGGCGGCCAGGGACCUGAUACCAAACACUUUUGUGCUGGAGUACUGCGGAGAGGUGUUGGACCACAAGGAGUUCAAGACACGGGUGAAAAAAUACGCUAGCAUGAAGAACAUCCACUACUAUUUCAUGGCCUUGAAGAAUAACGAGAUCAUAGAUGCCACACUGAAGGGGAACUGCUCUCGCUUCAUGAACCACAGCUGUGAGCCCAACUGUGAGACCCAGAAGUGGACUGUGAACGGCCAGCUGAGAGUUGGGUUCUUCACCUCCAAGACCGUCACAGCUGGUACAGAGCUUACCUUCGAUUACCAGUUCCAGAGAUAUGGGAAAGAGGCCCAGAAGUGCUUCUGUGGGGCUCCCAGCUGCCGAGGCUUCCUGGGCGGGGAGAACAGGGUCAGUGUAAGAGCAGCGGCAGGGAAGAUGAAGAAAGAGCGCCCUCGCAAGAAGGACACCUCCGUGAGCAAUGCACUCACUACGGUGGACGAGGAACUAGAGGCUCUGCUGGAGAACGGGGAGGGUCUGUAUGAUGAGAAGGAGGUGGUGUCUCUCUGCAGGCUGAUGGUCAGAGUGGAGACCAUGGAGCAGAAACUCAUCUGCCUCAAACUUAUCCAAGAUACCCAGAGCCCAUCCUGUCUGAAGCAGUUCCUGGACCAUCACGGUCUGUCUCUACUGUGGAUCUUCAUGGUGGAGCUCUCUGAAGCCAAGGGCAACAGUAUCAACAACAUCAAACUGCAGUUUCAGAUCAUGAAGACCCUGUCAGCGCUGCCCAUCUCCACUAAGAACAUGUUGGAGGAGAGUCAUGUCCUGAGCCUCAUCCAGCGCUGGGCCCAAACACACUCCCUCCCCCAGGCCCCCGGGGCCGAACAGGACGGCUACUCCAGUGAGAACAUGUCUCGCGCCCAGACCCCUCUCAACACUCCCGACGGCUCCUCUGCCUCCGUCGCCAAACUGGGCCCUGAGUUGGACAGCGACACUCCCAAACGGGCCGUUUAUCGUCGCCUCAAGAUCAGCGAGAACAGCCUGGACAGCGCCAUGUCGGACGCCAGCAAGGCCUCGGACGGUAAGGAGGAGGAAGAGGAGGAUGAAGAGAUGGAGGACGAGGAGGUCUCGCGAUCUGAGCCUCCAGUGGAGAGCAGCAAACGGUCCAAGACAGAGCUGGUGGUUGAGGUCCAGGCUCAGACUCCCACAACGGAGGAGCUGCCAGAAGAGCCAGUCACAGAGCUGGUGGUUGAGGUCCAGGCUCAGACUCCCACAACGGAGGAGCUGCCAGAAGAGCCAGUCACAGAGCUGGUGGUUGAGGUCCAGGCUCAGACUCCCACAACGGAGGAGCUGACAGAAGAGCCAGUCACAGAGCUGGUGGUUGAGGUCCAGGCUCAGACUCCCACAACGGAGGAGCUGACAGAAGAGCCAGUCACAGAGCUGGUGGUUGAGGUCCAGGCUCAGACUCCCACAACGGAGGAGCUGCCAGAAGAGCCAGUCACAGAGCUGGUGAUUGAGGUCCAGGCUCAGACUCCCACAACGGAGGAGCUGACAGAAGAGCCAGUCACAGAGCUGAAGGAAACACCAGAGGAGGUGGUGGAGACCAUGGAGAUCACAGAACCCCAAGCGGAGAGCCAAGACGCUACAGAUCAGGAGGAGGUGAAUGAGAAGGGCGGUGACGAGGAGGUGAAUGACGAGAGGAGUGAGGGACAGAAGGAGAGCAGAGAGGAGAAGGAGCAGCAGCAGGCAAGUCAGUCAGUGGAGGAGAGGGAGGUUGUGGCAGGAGAGCAGGCCAACGUGGAGGUCCAGGAAUCAUCACAUAUUCAGACGGAAGUUACUGAGACCCCUUCAGCGGAGCAGCCUGCCGAGGAGAAGGAAGAGGAGACCACCACAGCAGAGACUGGGACUGAAGAUACAGAAAAGGCUCCAGGCAGCCAGGAACAUCCAGGCCAGGUGGCCCCCGAGGGUCCCCCGGAGGUGGCCCCUGGCACUGAGGACGCUGCCCAGGUAGUGACCCCUGCCUCGGAGGCCCCUCCACCUCCCUCUCCGGUGGUCCCCGUGGAGCCUGCGGUGGUGGGGACACCCUCGCAGGAUGAGGAGGAGGGUGUGUCUGAUGUAGAGAGCGAGAGGAGCCAGGAAGCCCUGCUCAGUGCUGUGGAUAUAGGAGACAUGGCUGCUAGGCUGCUGGACAGCUGGAAGGACCUGAAGGAGGUGUACAGGAUCCCCAAGAAGAGCCAGGUGGAGAAAGAGAUACACGAUCGUAGUCGAGACCGAGACGCCGCCCCGGCUCGCACCCCCUCCGGCAGCCGGGAACGUGAGAGGGAACGUGAUAGGGAGCGGGACAGGGAGAGGGACAGGGAACGAGAUCGAGAACGAGAACGGGACAGGGAGCGUGACCGGGAGCGUGACAGAGAAAGGGACAGGGACUGGGAGAGAGACCGGGAGAGAGAUAGAGAGAGAGACUGGGACAGAGACUCUGAGAAGACACCCCGCAGCACAGAGAGACGGAGGAGACGUGCCUCCACCUCCCCACCGCCCUCUGCAUACGAGAGGAGCAGCAGGAGACAGGAGGACCGGUUUGACCUGGCUAACAGCAGUAAGAAGACUCGUUCCAUCACCAAGGAACGCACCAAGCUGUCCACAGAGGAGCGCAGGAAGCUGUUUGAGCAGGAGGUGGCCCAGCGCGAGGUCCAGAAACAACAACAACAACAGUUACAACAACAUCAACAACAACAACAGUUACAUCAACAACAACAGUUACAACAACAUCAACAACAACAACAACAUCAACAGCGGCAGCAGCAGCUCCAGACUCUAGCCUAUGAUGCAGCCCUGACCUACAAUACCAGCCCAGCUGGCUUCAUCCACUACCCCCCCGGCUACCCCCUCCAGACCUACGUGGACCCCGUCAACCCCAACGCAGGCAAGGUGCUGCUGCCUACCCCUCCCGUGGAGCCCCUGGUCCCAGCCACUCUGGUCUUGGAGCAGACCCCUCCUCAGGCUCUGAUCACCGAGCUGAGCAUGACCUCUCCCUCCUCUACCUCCCAGCCCCCUCCAGUCUCCAACUUCUCCAGCAUCUCCCAACACAUCCACCAAUCCACUACGCCUCUGGAGCUCCACCCCGGCACCGUCCAGCAGUAUGCCCAGCAGCCCAGCGUGGCGGGCCAGGACCCGGGUGUAGGCGUGCUGUCAGCCGUGUCAGCGCCCCCUCAGGUGUCGGCGGGCCAGGGGAGUUACGCCACGCUGUGGGACCCUACCACCCAGCAGGCUGUGACGGUACAGACCCAGGUAGCACCACAGUACCAGGUUGUCCCAGCACCACCUCCCACCCAGACAGCCAUCUACUACCAGGGCCAGCCCUGUCAGACCAUCUAUAGCAUCCCCACGGCCUAUCCACAGGCUAACACACCUGUCCUGCAGGCCUACGCUGAUCCGGCUGCCAACUACCUCCAUGGUCAGCCGGUGUACGCAGGUCACCAGCAAGGAGUGGUGGUUCAGCAGGGGGGUACGGUCACUACCAUCGUCACCUCACAGACUGUCCAGCAGGAGAUGCCCAACACUCUGUUAGUCCCCAACAGUAUGAUAGACCUGCCCCCUCCUUCUCCUCCCAAACCCAAAACCAUUGUCCUGCCCCCCAGCUGGAAGGUAGCACGGGAUGGAGAGGGAAAGAUCUACUAUUAUCACGUCAUCACCAGGCAGACUCAGUGGGAUCCUCCCAGCAGCUGGGACGGGGUCAGUGAAGACUCUCACAGCUUAGACCACGAGGCUGAGAUGGACCUGGGGACGCCCACCUAUGACGAGAACCCCUCCAAGUUCUCUACUAAGACAGCAGAGGCAGACACAUCCAGUGAGCUGGCCAAGAGGAGCAAGGAGACAUUCCGGAAAGAGAUGUCACAGUUCAUUGUGACCUGCUUGAAUCCGUUCCGGAAACCAGACUGCAAACUGGGACGCAUUGUCAACACCGAGGAUUUCAAACACCUUGCCAGAAAGCUAACUCACGGCGUGAUGAACAAGGAGCUGAAGUCCUGUAAGAACCCAGAGGACCUGGAGUGCAACGAGAACGUCAAGCACAAGACCAAGGAGUACAUCAAGAAAUACAUGCAGAAGUUCGGCAACAUCUACCGGCCCAAAGAGGACACUGAGCUGGACUAACACUGCGUCUGACUGGAGGAACAGAACGGGGAUCAAGACUUGAAAAUAUGAUUAGGCUACAGUUGUUUGGGGCCCUCAAACGGUGAAAGGAGACACACUGAAACCCAGAUUAAAGUCAAGUCACGCUGGGAAACUGAACUGUGGAGGUGGGAUCACUCCAGACACAUAUUUAUGUUGACUAAGACUGUGUCUUAAACUGAUGCCUUGAAGGCUUGCCGCCGGGCCCACUAACUAAUGGGAGGGGACUAGUGGGAGGGGGGCGAGAAUCAUGAGGAGGAGGGAGGUGUCUCCCAAGGGGCGGAGGCUCCAGGUGAAGUGUCCACAGAGAAGUGUGCGACACCUAGGCUGCGUCUCAACUAGCACCCUAUUCUCUGUGCCCUAUGUAGGGAAUAGGGUGCUGUUUGGCACUCAGACCCAGAGAGGGGUGCUACAUUGACCUAUAGUGUCACUAUCAUGUUAGCUUUCUACAUUUUUUUCCAGUUUAACUUUCUUACCUAACUAACAAUGUUUUCAAAUCUUAUCUACAUAUUCUCUCUAGAACUCUUCCUCCCCUGUCUGAAAAGGAUUCAUGAAAGAGUCAGACAUACCAUCAUUUUAAAUUGCUCUUCAAUGUUUUUCCACUGUUGGGAUGUUGCUGUAUGAAGUCCAGCAGUGGCAAUUAACCAGUCAAAAUGGAUCCGUGUAAAGAAAGACAAAAUCGCUGUUUGUCCAUAUGACUGGCUUUCCCCUGGUGCGCCCGCCCGCCACACCCCCAAGCCAGCCAUUGACUCGACUAGGGUAUCUGGUGCCCUCCCUGCCUUCAGACCACAUCCUCCGGAGCCUCUGUUGUUAUAUGAAUGCUUGAUGGAGGCUGGGUUCGGUCCGGAUGGAGGCUGGGUUCGGUCCGGAUGGAGGCUGGGUUCGGUUCGGAUGGAGGCUGGGUUCGGAUGGAGGCUGGGUUCGGUUCGGAUGGAGGCUGGGUUCGGUUCUAUCGUGCUGACUGGUGUACUUAUGGGAAUUCCUCCAUGGCUACUUACCAAAUAGCACCCUAAUUCCCUAAAAAGAGCACUACUUUAGACCAGGGCCCAUAGGGGAAUCGCAGAGUGCACUACUUUAGACGAGAGCUCUAUGUAGGGAAUAGUGUUCAUUUGGGACAUAGUCCAUGUUCCAAUGCUCCCUCCCUGAGUACAUUUUUUUUUAUACAAAAAUUGAAGAAUGAACUUUAUUAUGAAGCUUGUUCUCUUCAGUGGGUCAGACAGACAGACGGACGACUUGGUGGUGAAUAAGGAACAGCAGGGGACGGGGUUACUGAUCAAUGUUUUUGUCUUUAAUUAACUUGUUCUCUUCAGUGGGUCAGACAGACAGACGGACGACUUGGUGGUGAAUAAGGAACAGCAGGGGACGGGGUUACUGAUCAAUGUUUUUGUCUUUAAUUAACUUGUACUAUGAAGUGAACAGAAUUUGGAUGCUAUCAGACACAUGAUGCUUAUGUGUCAGUCAGUCUGUCCCUCGUUCCGUUUCGACCCCCCUCCUCCACAAUGGGGUGUGGCGUGGUCAUUUUAACUUUUUUUUUUUACUAUUAUAAUUCCUUUAGACGGGCAUCAGAGGCGCCUGUGCUGUCGUCUUGUUGCUACACAAGCUGUUUUACUCCUUAGUCUCCGGGGUAACAAGGUUUGUGUCCUGUCGUCAGGGUUACCGGUUCAUAGGCUUGGGGUUGUUAAUCCUUUAGGUAACUCUCACACCACCAUUUAAAUUGCAUUAAAACCAUGUUCAAACACACAUGUAUUAUAGUGCUUUAUAUGUGAAUAUAUUGAGAAAUAGUUUGAGAAUGUUUAGGUAAGCAGAGUCUUUGUGAAAGGAUGGACUGUUGGUCCGUGAUAUAACCUGUCAAUAGCCUGGUGUCAGUAUACCAAACACAGGUGAAUGAAGGGGGGGGGGGUCGAGGUGAGUACCCCUGUCUGCUCCAGCAGCUCAAAUCAACACCUCCUUCCUCUGUAAGCUAAAGCCAGGAUUCCACCGAUUCACAGCCUCUUGUUUGAAUUUUAUUUUAUUUUGGUGGUGGGGGUUGCAGCAAUUUUUCUGUUUUGUUUGUUUUGAGACUUUUUUUUUUGUAUGUACAAAGAGUUUCACCCCAACUCUACUGUAAGUACUGUGCAAGCACAUUGUCAUACUGACUGUACAAACAUUUUAAAAGAAAAAUAAAGUUUUUGUAAAAAUGUG